UUUAAUUUCAGUUUCGGUUUGGCGCUGGCGCGAUCCAGUACGCAGCUCGUGGAUAUAUCUAUAUAUAGUUGAUCGAUCGGUUCGUGAGUGGCUGGCUAACUAGUCUACCCGAAAUGAACAAGAACCUCGGCUUUGUGGAGCGCCUGCGCUGGCGCCUCAAAACCAUCGAGCAUAAAGUCCAGCAGUAUCGCCAGACGACCAACGAGACCGUAGUCGCCGAGACCGAGUACGGCAAAGUGCGGGGUGUGAAGCGACUGUCGCUCUACGACGUGCCCUACUUCAGCUUCGAGGGAAUCCCCUACGCCCAGCCGCCGGUGGGGGAGUUGCGGUUCAAGGCCCCGCAGAGACCCACCCCCUGGGACGGGAUUCGGGACUGCAGCCAGCCCAAGGACAAGGCCGUCCAGGUGCAGUUCGUCUUCGAUAAGGUUGAGGGCUCUGAGGACUGCCUCUACCUGAAUGUGUACACCAACAAUGUAAAGCCCGAUAAGCCCCGUCCUGUUAUGGUUUGGAUCCAUGGAGGGGGCUUUAUUAUUGGCGAGGCCAAUAGGGAAUGGUAUGGCCCAGACUAUUUCAUGAAAGAGGAUGUUAUUCUCGUCACCAUUCAAUAUCGUCUUGGAGCUUUGGGUUUUGUGAGUCUGAAGUCCCCCGAGCUGAAUGUUCCCGGAAAUGCUGGACUCAAGGAUCAGGUGUUGGCUCUCAAGUGGAUCAAGAAUAACUGCGCCAGUUUCGGUGGAGACCCCAACUGCAUCACCGUCUUCGGAGAGAGUGCAGGCGGAGCAUCGACCCAUUACAUGAUGAUAACCGAGCAGACCCAAGGACUCUUCCACCGCGGUAUCCUGCAGUCGGGCAGUGCCAUUUGCCCGUGGGCCUUCAACGACGACAUCACCCACAAUCCCUACCGCAUAGCCAAGCUGGUGGGCUACAAGGGCGAGGACAACGACAAGGAUGUGCUGGAGUUCCUGCAGACCGUCAAGGCCAGGGAUCUCAUACGGGUCGAGGAAAAUGUCCUGACUCUGGAGGAUCGCAUGAACAAGAUCAUGUUUGCCUUCGGGCCAUCUCUGGAGCCUUUCGCCACGCCCGAGUGCGUGAUUCCCAAGGCGCCCAAGGAGAUGAUGAAGACCGCCUGGAGCAACUCAAUCCCCAUUAUGAUAGGGAACACUUCCUACGAGGGACUGCUGUGGCUGCCAGAGAUCAAGAUGAUUCCACAAGUGGUGCAGCAGGUGGAUGCCGGCACUCCCUUUAUCCCAACGGAAUUGCUAGCCACGGACCCCAGUAAGGAAAAGUUGGAUGCAUGGAGCGCACGGAUUCGCGAUGCUCAUCGCACAGGAGCAGAAAGCACCGCCGAUAACUAUAUGGAUCUCUGUUCGAUUUACUACUUCGUGUUUCCGGCCCUGAGGGUGGUCCAUUCCCGACACACCCAUGCCGCUGGAGCUCCUGUGUACUUCUACCGCUUUGACUUCGACUCCGAGGAGCUCAUCUUCCCGUACCGCAUCAUGAGAAUGGGUCGUGGUGUUAAGGGAGUGAGCCAUGCCGACGACUUGACCUACCAGUUCACAAGUCUGCUGGCUCGUCGACUGCCCAAGGAAAGCCGCGAGUUCCGCAACAUCGAGCGAACCGUGGGGAUCUGGACUCAGUUCGCAGCCACCGGAAACCCGUACAGUGAGAAGAUCAGUGGCAUGGACACUUUGACUAUGGGUCCAGUUCGGAAGUCCGACGAGGUCAUCAAGUGCCUCAACAUCGGCGAUGAGCUUAAGUUCAUCGAACUGCCCGAAUGGUCCAAGGUCAAGGUCUGGGAGAGCCUAUAUGAUGACAACAAGGACUUACUCUUUUAAAGGGAUCAAAGUGAAUAGCUGAAUAAACUUCUACAUAUAUAGGACAAAAUGCUUUAUAAAAUAUACUCAAUAAUUUGCUUGUUCGAU